AUGACCAGCUACAACAACACGAAGGACCUGACGGACUUCAGCUGGCGCGAUGAGCUGUGGCUCCAGUACAACCCGCUGGACGAGGUGACGGUGCUGCGGGACUACUUCGCCCUGUCGCCGUUCUACGAUCCGGAGUGCAACAACGAGGUCGCCAAGAUGAGGAACCUGGACAUCUCCAUGCUGCCGAUCCUGCCGCCUGGGGUGGAAUAUGUUGUGCAGUCCUCCCAGGAGCCCCACUUGUACAUCAUCCGCAAGCAGUACCGCUACAACCCCACAACCACCACCACACAGGCAUUCUACUACGUCCACACUGGCACUGUCUACCAGGCACCCUCGCUGCACGCGGCCAUCUUGUCACGAUGGAAACGUUGCCUCUUCUGUGUGACCAAGGCCUUCAGGCGCAUACGAAGUGACCUUGACCCCUUGGGCGAAUGGAAGAGUGUUGGCGGCAGGGAAGGGUCCUGGCCGGGUAAGGUGCCCGAGGUUAAGCGGGCGCUGGCCAAAGACCAACAGGAGAAGUUACUGGAGGGGUCCCGCUUGAUAUCUGGAGCCCUGGCAAAGUGA